UCUUUGUCAAGUCGUCAUCAUAGAGGGGUUGCGGGGGAAGGAGCUGGGACCAGCGGAGAUUUUAAAUGCGCCGGAGACCGUAACGCACAGGCGGACAGCAGAAGGCUUGUUUUUGGAUCGGUAGAUGACAGCGAGGAGGCAGCAGCCGGAGCUCCGCUGACGGCUCGGAAAUGGGACAGACACGUUUGUUGUUGGAAGCGCUCCGUAUCGCCGUGAAGACGGCUUCAUUUGUUUUCGAUUAACCUGCAGCCUGCAGCUCGAACCGCUUAAACUUCAGGCUGAAGGGAGCUGAUCUGCUCACACUGACAGUCCUGCUAUUUCCAUCUGGAGCUGAUGAUAUGAGAGGCUCCCGGAGGCGGUGAUGGAGCUCCAGGAGUUGAGCUGGCUGUGUCUGGUGGGUCUCUUCCUUGCCUCGUUGGUCAUUGUGCUGGGAUGGCUGCUCCAGUACUCGCUGACUGUGCUGCGGCUGUGGAGAGCGAGGAACGCAGCAAAGCGGGACAGCAGAGAGCCAGCCUGGCGGCAGCAGCCCCAUCACAGCCUGGCUGGAGGUUUGUGGGGCUUCCUGCUGAAGCUCCGCUCAGGCCGGGAUGGAGGACCCGCAUCUGAGGCUGGGGUUAAAAGCUUGUUGACCUCUCUGUUCUCCUUCAAGUCCUUCAGGGAGCUCUUUCAGAGGACCUGGGUCAAAGCUCUGAACGAGCAAGCUUGCAGGCAUGGGAGCUCAAUUCAGAUAACUUUUGACAGCAGCCUCCAGUUAAGUGCUGCCUCUGCAAUAGAAAGCGUGACCUGCACUGACCAGUCAGCAAACCGAAUGAUUUUGCACUGUAAUUUUUCGGUAGACAGGAUGAUGUUCCCCGUGACGGUCACCCAGCAGUCACCUGCUGCCAUUUCCAUGGACACCUAUCAGAUCACUAUAGCACCCGUAGUGGCAAAGGUUGUGGCAUGCCUGGAGGAGGUUGAGGAUGAGGGUCUGCUGAUUUCCUGGACUCUUUCCAAGCAGCCGUCUUUUUCUCUGACAGUGUCUCCAUGCAAGCUGCAGAGACCGGGCACUGAGGGUGAAGCAGAUGUAGACAUGAUUAAGGGACUGAUAGAAGAUACUCUUUUCAGCACUGAGCCGGCCAUGGUCCUCAAUCUCAGGACGUCUGGCCCUUUGGCCCCCAUAGACCGUCUCUCUGUGGGAUUGAACUCUGUAUCCCAGAGCGUCUUGGUGAGACGACUACUCCUCCGACAGCUCAGGGUGACCUUAAGUAAAGGUCAGUGGUCUAAAUCAGGGGAGCUGUGCUGUGUCCUGAGCCUGGACCAACCCUCUACAGAGCGGACAACCCGCUUCCUGGCUGUGCCCAGGAGUGCCAAUGCUGCACUCGAAUGGAGUGAAGACGUCACUCUGGAGCUGAGCCCAGAAACCAAAGAGUUGAGAGUAAGACUUCUGGAGCGGAAUGGCAAAAGGGAACAAUUCCUGCCUGGUCACGCCUCCAUUGCCUUGGACAUCCUGGGCAAAGUUCCUACUGGACAGCACAUAUUGUCCAUAAGCUCUGGCCAAGAGUCGGCACCAAAUGCUGUCAUCACCACCGAGCUGCUGUACCUGGAAACAGAAGAGCCUAGCAGUGCCCAAAAUGCUCUGCUACUUCGCUCUUCGCUCACCCCCACCAAGAAGGUUGACGUGGACCGAACUAUCAUGCCAGACGGAACCAUCGUCACCACUGUCACAACGGUCCAGUCUCGACUCAAACUCGAUCGCAGUCCAGGUGAUUCCCCUUUGCGUUCUCCAUCUAAAGUGGAGGUGACUGAGAAGAAACCCACCGUCCUGCCUGAUAGCAGAAGCAGCAGCAGCCCCAACCCGAGCAAGAGCAGCCGCCUCUCUAAUGGCCUGGAUCCUGUUGCAGAAACCGCCAUUCGGCAGCUGACAGAGUCUGCAUCCAAAGCAGCGCGCAAGACGCCGACGAAAAGGAGCACGCUCAUCAUCUCGGGCGUGUCAAAGGUUCCACUUUCAGAAGAUAACUGUGCGUUAUCAGGCGGUUACGCUGCCGCCAUGGACGCAGCCAUGCACGGCAACCAUUAUGGGUCAGGGCGUCACCAUGACCCGGAUGAAACCACGCCCUCUGAUGUGUCAGAGCGUCCUUCUGUGGAUGAUGUGGAAUCAGAUACUGGUUCCACUGGUGCCUUGGAAACCCGCAGUCUCAAGGACCAUAAAGUGGGCUUUUUACAGAGCGGGACGAAGCUGCUUUUCCGCAGAAAACAUCGAGAGAAGGAGUCCUGCCUCAGCCAGUCCCACGAAGACAUCUCCAACAUGGGCAAUAACUUUACUGCUGCACCAAGCAUCAACCGUAAAAAGUCUGGCAGCUUCUCCCGUCGUCUCAUCAAACGCUUCUCUUUCCGCUCUUCCGGCAAAUCAAAAGGCAAGUCUGCUGCUACCAACGGAGGAGCAAGCGCGCUGGAUAACUAACUCUCCUCGUGGCUAGCGGACAUGGACACGGGCCGUUCUGACUUCUCUCAGAGUGUUUUCACUACGCUUCAGCAUGGGUCUUUGACAGGCUGAGCGCCCCAGGCGGGUUGUCAGCUGUACAGCUUUAAAGGAGGAUACCUCUGGGAGGGCUCCCCUCUGGAAAUAAAUUAUUGCACUUUCAGGACAGAAGUCACGUUAAAUCACGUCACUGAAACUAAAAUGUGAUCAUGAAUUCUUGUUAAAUUUGAGGAGAAAUCUGCUGCUCGGUGAGGAAAUGUUCUGUGCCCCCAUUGAACACAAACUCCGGUGGGAGUGUUGGACUGGCACUGGUGGUGAAAACACUACUAAACUUUUUAAAUGAUGUAAAAUGCCACUGAUGCUAUUGGUUGCACAUUGGACUUUUUUUUUUUUUUUAAACAGCACAUAUGAAGUUGAUGGUUGUAAAAGUGUAAUUUAUUAAUAUGUGGGACUCAUUAAACAAGUGCUAUUUAUUUGAACCCCUAAAACUAGUCAUCAUAGCCACAUUACACUCUAAUAUAGAGACACUGAAGUGUGUUUUCCAUACAAAUGUAAUUUUAAACACAUAGUUUAAAUAUGUUUUGAAAGAAAUGUCUUGAUCUAGCUAUAAUGUCCAUUCACAUCUGCUUCGACAUUGGUUUUAGAAUGAUGUUAAAUGUUGUAAUCUUAUAUAAAAGCCAGAGAAGAUCAUACAUUUAUUGUACUUUUGCUUUACAAUGCUGCUUUCUAUCGAGUAUCAUAUCUUCACUUUCCUUUUGAAAAAUUUAACCGCCCACCAUCUUGAGCAGAUUUGUCAAGCCAAGGAGGUGAGUUUAAACUUUUAAAACUCUGGCAGUCUUCUGUUAAAGAAAAACGGCGACACGAUCGGGUGUGAUCUGCUCUUCUCGUGACUCCGCUCCACGCUUCUGCAGAUUUCAUUAUUGCAACAGCUGUCAGUAACUGCAGGACAUGUCGUGUUAAAUGCCUCAAAAGGGUCGCAGGCAAAAUCACCUGCAGAGAAUGCUGACAUGUGAUUAGUUCCUUCCUAUGAACUAACAUAGUAAAGCAUUUCCUGUGUGAGCAUUUAGGAUCGUUAUUAUAAUGUAAUAUUUUUAGAUAUGUGUAAGUCAUACUAAAAUAUUUCUGCAGUUUAUCUUUAAAAAAAAAAAAAAAAAAAAAAAGGAGCUUAGUGUGUCUCAGUGUUCACAAAGGGUGUGCUCAGGCAAAGAGAGGGCUCGGUGUGGGGUAGAGUUGAAAUACUGUACUCAGGGUUUUAAUGAAAUCUAUUAGCAGCCACAGGUAUGAGGAAAGCUUCUGCGUCCUUUUAAGGCAAAUAGAUUCAGUGUAAAAUUGUACAUAUGUUUUAGGGCCGUUUCUGUCUCAUCUGAAAACAUGAAAAUAAUCUUUUAACUGACUAUGAGACGUCAGAAAAACCAAACUAAAUAAAUUGCUAUUUUUCUUUUUCAAUUAUUCUUUUUUUCCCUCCAUAACAGGAUAUUGAAAGAGGGGGAGGCUCUGCUGUCGAAGGGCACAUGCUUUACAAAAACAAUUCCAAAUGCUGAAGAAGAGAACAAAGGUUCUUCACCCUCUAAAGGCACAUAGAAUAAACGCAAAUAUAGAUUUGUGGCUGUAUUGUGAAACAGAAAGUGGCUGCAAAAUUGAUGACUUCUGUUAUAUUUUAAA